AUGGGGCUCUUCGCCGCCGCCCUCAAUAAAAUCUGCGACCACAGCUCGACGCAGUCAAUCUAUGUGCUCGCCGGACUGGGCUUCGCCAUAGUGAUUGUCUUGAGUGUUGUGAUCAAUGUGUUGUCGCAGUUGUUGUUUAAGAACCCUAAUGAACCUCCUGUCGUGUUUCACUGGUUUCCGUUUAUUGGCAACACGAUCAGCUAUGGUAUUGACCCAUACAAGUUCUUUUUUGAAUGUCGCAAGAAGUAUGGCGACAUCUUCACAUUCAUCCUACUCGGCAAAAAGACCACGGUCUUCCUAGGAACCAAAGGCAACGACUUUAUCUUGAACGCGAAAUUGCGCGAUGUGUGCGCCGAGGAAGUUUACUCUCCUCUCACAACACCUGUGUUUGGCAAGCACGUUGUGUACGACUGCCCUAAUUCCAAGCUUAUGGAACAGAAGAAGUUUGUCAAGUUUGGGUUAACCUCGGAAGCGCUACGUUCUUACGUCGAACUGAUCACCAAGGAAGUCAACGAGUAUGUCGCGAACUCUAAUGCCUUCAAACAACUUCAUGGAACUAUCGAUGUCGGCAAAACAAUGGCAGAAAUCACAAUCUAUACCGCUUCUCGAUCUCUUCAAGGCAAGGAGGUACGAGACAAGUUUGACUCGACAUUCGCGGAACUCUAUCAUGACCUUGAUAUGGGCUUCGCCCCCAUCAACUUUAUGCUUCCCUGGGCUCCUCUCCCUCAUAACCGCAAACGUGACGCCGCCCAAAAGAAAAUGGCGGAGACUUAUAUGGAAAUUAUCCGGCAUCGUCGUCAAGCUGGAGGAGAGAAGGAUUCUGAAGACAUGGUCUGGAAUUUGAUGUCCUGCGUCUACAAGGAUGGAACCCCGGUCCCUGAUAUGGAGGUUGCCCAUAUGAUGAUCGCUCUGUUGAUGGCCGGUCAACAUUCUUCAUCUUCCACCAUCUCUUGGAUCAUUCUUCGACUCGCUUCGCAGCCCAAGAUCACCGAGCAACUGUACCAGGAACAGAUCCGAGUUCUAGGUCCCGAUCUUCCCCCACUAACCCACGAGAACUUGCAAAAACUCGAACUUCAAGCCAACGUCAUCAAGGAGACUCUUCGUCUACAUGCGCCUAUUCACUCUAUUCUCCGUGCUGUCAAGAGCCCCCUUCAAGUCGAAGGUACUCCUUACGUCAUUCCCACCUCUCAUAACGUUCUCUCAUCGCCUGGAGUCACUGCACGAUCCCCUGAGCACUUCUCUGAGCCUUUGGAAUGGGAUCCUCACAGAUGGGAUGGCGUCAAGGCCGCUGAGGAUGACGAGCAAGUCGACUAUGGCUAUGGUCUCAUCAGCAAAGGUGCUGGAAGCCCCUACCUGCCUUUUGGGGCCGGUCGUCACCGUUGCAUCGGUGAGCAAUUUGCAUAUGUUCAAUUGGGCGCUAUCUGUGCGGCAUUAGUUAGACAGCUCAAGUUCAAGAACUUGCCAAAUGUGGAAGGUGUUCCAGCAACUGAUUACUCUUCAUUGUUCUCCAGACCCUGGGCGAACUCUGUCGUUCAAUACGAGAGAAGGGAUGCGACUACCAAGGCUUGA